UUUCCAGACCGCAUUUUAUUGAAGCGCUUCUACCGAUGUAUGUACGGUGACAUAAAAGGCGCCAAGAAGCUCAUAAAAAUUAAUUACAGUAUGCGCAAUAAGCAUUCGCACAUCUUUCUCGAACGUGACCCAACCGAUGCGGAUAGUAAACAAACAUUCGAUUAUGCGGAUCUGAUACCACUGCCGGGUCUUACACCAGAAGGUUACAAAGUGAGCUGUUAUCGUUUAGUAGAUUUUGAUCCAGCGAAGGUGAAUCAUACCGCCGAUACCAAAGCAUUUUUCAUGGUCUCCGAUUGUCGUUUUAACACAUAUGAUGGCUUUGCUUCCGACGAGGAGAAUGUAGAAACAUUUGCUAAUGGUGAUGUGCAAAUUUUCGAUAUGAAUGGCUACACACUGAAGCACCUCAGUAGGAUGACUUUCAGUACACUGCGCAUAUACAUGGCUUUCCUGCAGGAGGCAUUGCCCGUUCAUUUAAAGGCAAUCCAUAUCAUUAACUGCCCCCCAUAUCUGGAUAAGGUGGUUAGCAUUAUGAAGCCUUUUAUAAGUAGUGAAGUCUUCAAACUGAUACGAUUUCAUACCGUCAGCUUGGACAGCCUUUACGAACAUGUACCACGUAGCAUACUGCCGGAAGAAUAUGGCGGAACAGGGGGAAAAAUCGCAGACCUUAAGGCAAUACUUUUGUCUGAACUGGCGCACAAGAGAGAUUAUCUGAUGGAUCCAAGUCAUUGGAAAAUUGAAGCAGACAAGGAAAAUGCUGAGCGUCGCCGUUGGCUGUUUAAAUAAUACCUACAUAUGUAUUUGUUUUUUUUAUUAUUUAAAAGUUAAAUUUCAGAACCAAUCCAGUAACCAUGAUUAUUCUCUAUUUUAGCACAGUAUAAUUAAGAAAACGUUUAUUUAUGCGUGAAAACUUUUCUGUGAAACUAUGUAAUACAUGUUACAAAAAUAUUUUAUUUGGGUUUGUUCGCUUGUGGGUUUCUGCCAGUUGUUUUUCUUUCUGUACAUGAUCCGCGACUUUUCCUGAAACCCUAUUGAGUCUCGAAUGGCCAAAGAGGUCUUUCCAAAUGUUGUGCUCAACCUCAGUCUGCAUAGCCUUAUUCUUUUACACGGAUCCCCAAUUUAGACAUAGCAUCGUAGACGCAGGUUCUCUUCGUGCUUUCAAAAGCAGCUUUAAAAUCAAGGAAAAGGUGGUGAGUGUGAAUUUUUUUGGCGACAUUCCUUUCUAGGAUAUGGCAUACUGUGGAGAUCCGUUCAACAACCUAUACAUUGAUCUGGGGUUUUCUUCAACAAUCGAGCGUGUUUUCACCAUUUCUCUAGUUUACACUGGACGUCUGAUACAAAAUACCGAUCUUCGUUUAGCAGGAACUAGCCCCGGUCUUGAAACCAUUUGAUUGCUGUCUUAUUUUCUGAUAGAAUUUUCGAGCCACAUUCCUGCCUUCCACCCACCGAAGACGCUCCCAAAGUCGAAAGGUCCUUCCACGAGGUCAUAAAAAUAGAAUCACUUAAGCGGAAGCGACAUAACCUGCAUGCGCGUGUCACAAGCCGCAGCCAGUAUGCUAUAGAGGAAAACCAUCGAAAGAAUAAGUAUGCAAUAAUGAUUGAGGACAGCUGCCAUGGCUUCCUACGACGAUGACUGCUCUAUUUUGAUAACUAUCUCAACGAAGUGGAAAUACAUCGCCAGAAAUCUGCAAAAGAAUAGCAGUCGAGCCUAACAACUGCAACAUCUAGUUACUUUUCUUCAUUCUGCCAGAUUUGGCUGAUUAAACAUUGCAUGUGUUACUUUUUGAUGUUGUGUACGUUUAGGCCCCAUUGCGUGGCGAAUGUCAGAAUUGCAAAAGUGACUUCGUUGCGAGUGCACGUGUUUCCACUGUGUCGUGGGGUGCGUUCACUUAAAAUUACAUCUUAAAAAGCUUUUAUUAAUAUUUUGCCCACUUUGUAACGACAAGGUUGAUCGCGCAGAAGUUGCUAAAGUCGCGUGUGUGGAUUGUGGCGCCUACUUCCAUGCUUCAUGCGCCAAAAUUACCGCGUUUGAAUACAUGAAAUCAAACAACGUGAAGCAUCGCUGUGACGGUUGUAACUUUUUGCGUCGUAAGUCUGCAUCAGCAGCAGUUGCCAUGUACCACGGCUGUAGUAUCAUCAGAUUCGGGCUUAUCCGUUCCUUCUGGGUCGAGGAUUCUCCCACAUCCCGCCAGCAAAUCUUCGACGGCUGUGCUCCCUAAGCAAAACCC